AUGAUCAAAAUCCUACUAGCUUUGUGUAUUCUGCAACACACCAACGCGAUUCUAAAAAUCAACCUUGAAGAGGUCUUCAUUUGCACCAUCCAGCCGGUAUGGGAAUUUUCGGUAGAUUAUGUGGAGGACGACUGGUUUGUGGUGAUAAAGUAUCUACAAAGCCCUCACCAAAGUUUUUUUUUAUCUGAAAAGUUUUCAGCAUUGAUGAUGAUGUCCAUCACACGGGAACUGUGUACGUUCAAGGAACAACAUCAAAAAUUUCUCGCGUUUUUCCGAUUAGCGGUGGUGAUGGUCCGUUAGAUAAUUAUUAUGAGUUGAAAGCAGUUGUCACACAUAGUUGCACAGAUACUGGAGAAGAUUCGAAACUCUCAAUAAUCUAUGCGAUAGUUGGUGUAAUGGAGAAAUCAGUCAACUUAAAACUAGAACAAGUUCUUAAUUCAAAAUGCGUUUCCGGCUUGAUUUGUUGGCAAUAUUAA